AGCCAAUAGGCCUCACCAAGAUUCUCUGCAAGCCCAGCACACCGCACAUCGGCAGGCCAACCACACAACACCUCUCUCUCCCACCCACGACGUCAACGCACAUUUUGAUAUCAGACAAUCUCACUUUUCCAUCCUGGCUUUCUUCCGUCAUAUAACACCCCUCCCUUCUCAACUACUGCGUUUGCACCAGCACCGUCUGUCUCGAUUGCUUGCGCCUCUGCCGACCUGUCGAUAUCUACACAAUCUACACAGUAGCCCUGCCAAACCCCCGUCUACCGUCAAAAUGAGCGAAAUUGCCCAUCCUACCAUCCAAGAUGGCUGGUUCCGUGAGAUCUCCAACAUGUGGCCCGGCCAGGCCAUGACCCUCAAGGUCAAGAAGGUCAUUCACCACGAGAAGUCCCAGUACCAGGAUGUUCUCAUCUUCGAGUCCACCGACUACGGCAUGGUCUUGGUCCUGGACAACGUCAUCCAGGCUACCGAGCGUGAUGAGUUCUCCUACCAGGAGAUGAUUACUCACCUGGCCAUGAACUCCCACCCCAACCCCAAGAAGGUCCUCGUCAUCGGCGGUGGCGACGGCGGUGUCCUCCGCGAGGUCGUCAAGCACGAGUGCGUCGAGGAGGCCAUCCUCUGCGACAUUGACGAGGCCGUCAUCCGCCUCUCCAAGCAGUACCUCCCCAACAUGGCCGUCGGCUUCUACCACCCCAAGUCCAAGACCCACGUCGGCGACGGCUUCAAGUUCCUCGAGGAGUACAAGAACACCUUUGACGUCAUCAUCACCGACUCCUCCGACCCCGAGGGCCCCGCCGAGUCCCUCUUCCAGAAGCCCUACUUUCAGCUCCUCCACGAUGCCCUGAGGGAGGGCGGUGUCAUCACUACCCAAGCCGAGAACCAGUGGCUCCACAUGCCCCUCAUCUCCAAGCUCAAGAAGGACUGCAAGGAGAUCUUCCCCGUCGCCGAGUACGCCUACACCACCAUCCCCACCUACCCCAGUGGCCAGAUCGGCUUCAUGGUCUGCACCAAGGACGCCGGCCGCAACGUCAAGGAGCCCCUCCGCAAGUGGUCCGCCGAGGAGGAGGACAAGCUGUGCAAGUACUACAACGCCGACAUCCACAAGGCUGCCUUUGUCCUGCCCAACUUUGCCAAGAAGGCUCUCGAGUAAAUUUGUGUCUGUGUGUGUGCGCCGUUGUAGCUACGAUGCAAGGAGACGAUGUUGUCAAGAAUGACAUGGGAUUCAUGAACUCAUUUUGGGGAGGCUUGUGAGGACGGGAAGGAUGGGG